AGCACGUAUGACGCGUAUUCAAGAAUCUAAAGGUUCCAGCACGCGAGUGGGCCGAUUUCGCGGUUAUGCUUCUACAGAGUAAUGCGUAUGAGUGGUGGAAGCGCACUACUCGAAAUGCGAAUCAUCCAGCAAAAGUGACGUGGGCGUACUUCGAUCAAGUGUUUAAAGAGGAGUAUAUUCCCGAGUCAUUUGUGGAAGAGAAACGGGAAGAGUUCCUACGUUUGGAGAUGGGUACGAUGAGUCUCGCUAAGUAUUGUCAGCUGUUCGACCAUCUCGUUGAGUUCGACCAGGAUUUGGUGAACACCACUAAACAUCGUUGCGAUAAGUUCGUGAAGUGCAUGCGCCCGAAACUUCAGAAGCACAUGUCUACUGCAUCUAGGCAAGAUUUUAGCCUCAUGCACGAGCAAGCAAAAGAGGUUGCUAGAACAAAGGAAGGAUUGAAGUUGAACAAGGAGUAGAAGCUAGCCAAGACAUCCACACAUGCAGCUAGCACCAGCAAGGUCUUUCAUGAGAAAAGAUCUCAGAGCGAAUCUAAAAUCCAAAUAUAAAAGAAAGCCAAAUCGGUGCCUACUCAAUCCGUUGCCUCAACUAGCAAAUGGAAUCAACCUAGACUAGGCAUCCUUUGUGUACCCGUUGCAAUUGUUAUCAUUUAGGAGAGUGCUAGUGGACGCUUGGACUAUGUAUGGGAUGCGGGCAAGCUGGCCAUUAAAGGAAGAAUUAUCCU